AAUGUUCGCUCUUCUGAAAGCUGUGUCUCAUGGUGUUCGUGGCAGGCAUCUCCUGUUGUACAACUCGAGUUCGGUGAAGAAAUGCAUAGCGGGAAGCAGCAUGGACAGGCUCCAAAGCAAUUCAUCGCCUCACUUCCGCCAUGCUUAGAAGCACCUCUCUUUGGGCAUUUGUCCUUCGUUCUUUUGAAUAUCGAGGCUCUUUUCCUCAACAUCAAUCAGCAACAUAUCAGAGAAUGGCCGAAUUCAUUGCAUUCGCAAGCGCUGCCGCAGCUGUAACUCAACUAACGGGUCAAAUCCUCGAUGCCGGCGCCAAAAUCCGUUCGUUCUGGAAUAAUCUACAAGGAGCGCCGAAGCAUGUGUCCGACUUGCUCGAUGAUAUUACUGGGCUUGCAAGGGUGAUCAACAACAUGCCCGAGCAAGAGAAUGAAAUGGUUAGAGAGUGCUGUCUGAAGGUAAAGCGGAUUAUGGACGAGUUGCUGUACCAGUUGAAUAUCCUUAGGUCGGAUAUGGAGAAGAGUAGGAAGAAAGUGCGGGUUACGUGGGCAAAAUUCAAGGUUGUGGAGAAGAAGAGGGUGCUGAGAGAAUUGACAGAGCGCUUGGAGAAAGCCAAAAGUCAAUUAAUGAUUGCUAAUAGUUUCUAUCAGACAUCGAUGCAGGCAAACAUGAUGCAGGAGAUUAUUAUGUUAAGAGUGACACUUUGUUCUAGCAUUCAGACAGGAGGCGCACAAGCCCUUAACGUCAGCGAUCUCCAUGGCACCAUUAUUGAAUCGACCACUCAAAUCGAAGAAGACGCUGUUUCGAACUCCGGAGGAUCUCCAGCCCCGAGAGCAGUGACCCGAAGGCACAGAAGGCGACCUCAAAUCACGAUCAAGACGUACUGGUGCGGGCUCGGUCGUGUGCAGAAAGUCUGUUCUCGAUAUGAUAUUGACCAAGAAGAUGAAGGUCUUCCGGACAUUGAAAUCGAGAAAAGAUUUCUACCAAAUAGAUUCGCUGCUCAAAUGGGCUUGCACGGUCUUGGCAAGAAGUCCUCCAAAGUCUUCGGGAUGUGGACACACUCUCUCACACCAAUUCGGGUGGUUCCCGACGACGUCCCAAUAAUCCAAGCAGUUGUUCUUGGAGAUCUAGAAGCUGUCAUCUCGUUAACUGAGCAAAGAAAAGCCACUGUUUUCGACAUGAGUGAGCGUGGUUACACAUUAUUGCAUAUUGCUGCAGCUCAUUUUCGGCCUGAAUUAUGCAGAUGGUUGAUAGCUCAUGGCCUCAAAGGGGACCUGGUUGACAUCGAGUUGGGACGGUUAGGUGUUAUCCUUCUUGACCUCGUAUUGGCUCCUGACGAUACUUAGAACACCGCUCCAUAUUGCAGCCUGGUACAGUGGAUUUAAAAAUACUUCCAUCGAAGGAGAACCUUCUUUCAUGCAACGAGUCGGUUGCGAAAGUGCGGACGAGAAAAUAGAACAGACUAUCAGAAUUCUUGUAAGCGAGGGAGAAUGCGACCCUCUCACACAAGCAUGGGGGAACAACAAAUUUCUAUGGAUGACGCCCUUGCACCGCUUCACAGGUAGUGCCAAAA